UAUUGAGUAACCGGUUCGCAUACAGGUACAUAUUGUGCCUGUAUGGGAGCCAAUAAAAUCUGUAAGUUCAUAACUGAUACGCCAGUGUAAAGACAGAGCUCUUGGAGUGCAGUUCUAUCCCUAGUUUUCUCUUUGCAACAUUUGACUACAUAUUGCUGUUAUAGCAGCAACCAUGAGUGGGAACGAUAAUUACAAAGAAGCGAAAUCGAUUUACGAUUUCACUGCUAAAUCCAUAAAAGGUGAAGAAGUUCCUCUAUCCAAUUACAAAGGUCACGUUUGUUUAAUCGUAAACGUAGCAUCAAAGUGCGGCCUUACAGCCACAAAUUACAAGCAACUGAAUGAACUGUACGACGAGUAUGCUGACUCUAAAGGUUUACGAAUCUUGGCGUUUCCCUGUAACCAAUUUAAUGGACAGGAACCAGGAGGUACCGAAGAAAUAUGCAGUUUUGCCGAUCGACAAAAGGUUAAAUUUGAUAUAUUCGAAAAGAUUGACGUCAAUGGAGACAAGGCGCAUCCUUUGUGGAAAUAUCUAAAGAAAGAACAAGGAGGAAUUUUGGGUGAUUUCAUAAAAUGGAACUUCACAAAAUUCAUCGUGAACAAAGAAGGCAAAGUGGUUGAACGUCAUGGUCCGAACGUAGACCCCAACAGUUUGAAAAACAAUUUCGAAAAAUACUUCUAAGCAUUUUUCUACUAUUAUUUAAUAUAUAUGCAAAGAUUUUUAUUAGUAGCACUAUUUGCAAUCAACCGAUAUCGUUAAGAACGAUAUAUGGAUUGUGAAUUAUUCUUAUUCAUUAUAAGCUUUUAGAUAAAUAAUUUUUUUAUUCAAUGAAGUUUCUUAUUUACUUAUCGAAUAUUGCACAUCUUCUAUUUGUAAACAAGUGUUGUAAGUACUGAUAUUAUAUCAACGAAGAAAUAAAUGUUAUAUCAUCAAAAGAUCGCGUUUUCAGUACAAGAAGAUAAUAUACUUUAUACAUGUAUAAUAUAUGUACUUGUUACAACGUUUAUUUAUUAAAACUUUUCAUUUCACUACA